CACACAUACAUACAUACAGUCACGCACACGAGUUGUUUACAUUCAAUUCGCCGGACAAGAAGAAACAUUUGUAUUUAUCUAUUUUCCACGCCACAGACACACUAAUACAACACCCACACCCUACAGAACGAAGAUAGAGGGCGCCAGCAACAACCAGGAGGAGCAGAAAAGAAGGAGGACAAAGCAUAAGACAGAGAAAAGGGAGUUGAAGUUGGAGUGAAGCUGAAGAUACCGAGGGAAGCCGAGGGUGGGGCGCGCCAGAGACUGACAGCCACACUAACAGACACCCACACUUACAGACAGACAGACAGCCAAGAACUACAAGACUAAAAUACCACAAAGGAAGAGAACAGAGGAACAACCCCACAUCCUAGAGUCCUACAGGAAGCCACUGAACACAUAGGAUCAAAAGCAAGAUGGUGUUCAUGUUCCUUCUGGGGGCCAUCCUCUGUGCCCUCGUGCCCUACCUGCUGAUCAGUGUCCUAUGGGGUCACUUUGGCUGUGGAAGGAAGCAGCUGAAGGGGAAGCAUGUGUUGGUGACAGGUGGAUCCAGUGGUAUUGGCCUGAGUGUGGCGCGGCAUGUGGCAUCACUCGGAGCUAAGGUGACGCUUGUGGCCAGGAAUGUGGAGCGACUGGAGAAGGCCAAGCAGGAGGUGGAGAGUGUCUGCGUCAAGGAGGAGAGCGGAGGCAGCCAGGUGCAGUACUUCUCAGUGGACCUUGGAGGCAACCGUGAGGCCAUCGCUGCAGCCGUGAAGAAUGCUGAGGCUAGCCUGGGGCCCAUCUACAUGCUGGUCAACUGCGCCGGGUUUGCCAAGGCACAGGUCUUUGAGGACAUACCGUACAGCCUGGUCAAAGAGAUGAUGGAUGUUAACUACCUGGGUUCCUUCAUACUGAGCCAGGAGGUGGUGCGCGGCAUGAAGGCACGCAACGAGGGCGGCUCCGUAGUGUUCACCUCCUCCCAAGGUGGGCUGCUGGGCCUCUACGGAUUCACCGCUUACUCUGCUGCCAAGGCUGCUCUGGUGAAGCUGGCUGAGGCACUGCACAUGGAGCUGAAGCCACACGGGAUCACAGUGACGGUGUGCUACCCACCCGACACGCAGACUCCCGGCUUCCUAGAGGAGAACAAAACCAAGCCUGUGGAGACGCGGCUCAUCUCGGAGGCUGCAGGACUCUUCACUUCUGAUGACGUGGCCAAGAAACUGGUGGAUGACGCGCUGCAGGGAAAGUUCAGCAGCACGGUGGGGCUGGAGGGCUUCAUGCUGACCACCCUGUGUGCCGGCAUGGGCCCCGUCACGGACUCCCUCUCACUUCUAGCCCAGCUGUUUCUUACUGGGAUCUUCCGCUUUGUCUCCAUCUUCUACCUGUGGAGCUUCGCAAACAUCAUCGACAAGGAGCACAAAAAGAAGAAAGCUGCAGCUGCAGCCGCCGCCAACACGGACAAGACAAAGUAAAGGGUCUCUGUGCUGUCCAUCAGUCGAGUUACCUGAAGGAACACAAGUCAUUCAGAAACCAAAGAACACCCUGGAUUAGGAUCUAUAGGAUGCAAUGUUCUCACUGGUGUGUGUGUGUAUUCGCAGAGCUGCUUCUAGUAACAUAAGUAACUGUUUGUGGCCUCCUUUGUCUCUUCUUUCAUCUUCAUCUUCUUUCUUCUUCUUCCCUCUGUCUGUAGGGUCCCAAAAAUAUUUAUAUACAAGAAUAAUAAUGUAUAUUUUAGAUUGACCUCUCCGUUAGUAGCUUUUUCCCUGCAGCAUUUAGCACUAUUCACUGUAUAAUGCUUUGUGAUAUAUCCUGCGUAAAUACCGGAGAGGGUAUAUUAGGGAGAUCCAAAACAUAAUGCAACUAAGGGUCAUACUCUUAACAUAUCAGUGGUCAACUUUACAGACUUGACAAGGCUUUCAUAGGAGUUCUGAGCAUUUCCAGGGGUAGGUUUAGGGCCUUUGUGGUAGACUGACCCUUCUUCUGUACCAUGAACCUGAAAAAACACUCAUGAGAACCUGACUGAUCUCCUUUUUGGGCUUUGGAAAUUGGUGAUGUGAGAGGUGGAAGCUUCUGAGAAUACCAACUCGACUAAGACCUAAGCAGACUAGAACUGGCUCUGUGCAUUUGGGAGGUGUAUACAGCUUGCCUUUUGAUUCAAGAAGUGGCUAUCCAGAGUUGAUUCAAUUUCUUUCACAGCUUCCUUAACCCGGUAGCAGCGAUGGGCCAAAUUUGUGGCUUUACCGCGUACCAGUGUCAGGCCAAAUUUGUGGCUUUACCGCGUACCAGUGUCAGGCCAAAUUUGUGGCUUUACCGCGUACCAGUGUCAGGCCAAAUUUGUGGCUUUACCGCGUACCAGUGUCAGGCCAAAUUUGUGGCUUUACCGCGUACCAGUGUCAGGCCAAAUUUGUGGCUUUACCGCGUACCAGUGUCAGGCCAAAUUUGUGGCUUUACCGCGUACCAGUGUCAGGCCAAAUUUGUGGCUUUACCGCGUACCAGUGUCAG